UUGCAGUUAUUUUAGUCUCUCUACAGUAUAUGACCACUGACAUGGCAGAUGACCAGAGAAAAGAACCAGGCGUUGUGAUUGAUGAUGGUUGGCCAGGUUAUAAUUUAGAGUUGUUCAACUACCCUGAGCAUUACCAUGGCGACCUGGAAUGUGUAUACGUCCCUCAUGGUGUUAUUAUGAACAGGAUUGAGUGUCUGGCUAGAGACAUCCUGGAAGACCUCGAACAUCAGGACAUGAUUCUUCUGUGUGUUCUGAAGGGAGGAUACAAGUUCUGUUCUGAUCUGGUGGAGUCCAUCAAAGCUCAGAGCCGCAGCGCCAACAGAAUACUGACCACCAGAGUUGAGUUCAUCCGCCUCAAGAGCUAUCUGAAUGACCAGUCCACUGAAGACCUGCAUAUUAUUGGACCAGAGGAUUUGUCCAUGCUGAAAGGGAAGAAUGUCUUGAUUGUGGAGGCAAUAGUGGACACUGGAAAGACCAUGAGAGCACUUCAACAGCAUGUGGAGUCUUUCCAGCCCAAACUGGUUAAAGUUGCCGGGCUGCUGGUGAAGAGGCUUCCUCAUGGGAUGGUAACACUCCCAGACUAUGUUGGAUUUGUCAUUCCCAAUCGUUUUGUGGUGGGUUAUGCUCUGGACUACAAUGAGUACUUCAGAGACCUCAAUCACAUCUGCGUCAUCAGUGAGACAGGCAAACUGAAAUAUAAAGUGUGAGAAAACUCCUUUCAAGAGGAAUGGACAGUUAUAUGACCGUAACAGAUGUACACCCCAUUCUGACAUCAGAUUCUGCAGCUGAAAUAUGACAUUAUGGGUUUUGUAUGUAUUGGGUAAAGUUGGAGGGGAAUACUAAAAUGUGAUAUGAUGCAAAAAAAAAAACUGUGUUCAACAUGAUAUAUCUUUUUUGAGUCCUUCCUCCUGGGAGUGAGCAAUUCAUUUGAUUUUGUGAAUUUUUGAGAGGCCAUACAUGCCACAGUUUUAAGUCUCUGUGCAUCUUAAGCCGUGCCCUCGCUACAUGAUCAAAACUGCUGUUCUGCUCAUGUUACAAAACAAUCGUUCUUGUCAUCAGACAUGUUGUUGUUGUUGUUGUAUAGUGCUCAUACUAUAGAGGUAUCUCCGACCAAGAGCAAAUAAAUAAUAAUGUAUCAAAUACACAUGAGCAACAGACAAUAGUUCACAGGAAAUCAACAUUUGUCUGGUUUAAGUCAGAGUCAGAAUUCUUUUGUUUCUUUGUUUUAGUAAUUUCACUCUUAUGAUGUAUCUUUAUGUAAAAGUACAUUUUGUACUUGGGUCAUUGACUAUUACAAGGUUAUAAAAACUAGAAAUCUUUUACAAAUCUUGUUUAAAACACACAUGUCAAGUUGAUAAUAUUUAUUUUCAAGUUGAUUUCAUCCAGUUUUUGAAUUUUUAAAUACAUAUGUAAAGUGGUGUAACCAUCAAGUAAAAUGUUUAAAAUACCUGUACAUACAUUAAAUACCUGUAAGUGUACCUCAAUACCAACAUAACUGAAAAAACUUUUUCAAACAUAUUUUUCAUGGUACUUGUAUUUUAUUUUUUAAUUUUUGAGUUACAAAUAUCAAUACUUUUUCUAAUGGUUACUUUAUUUGACAAGUAUUUUGACUUUUAUGUAAUAUGCCUUUACAUAAAAAUAUAAAAACAAAUCUGAUAUACCGUUUUUGUUUCUCAAAUUAUUACUAUAACAAAAUGACUACCUGCAUGCUGUUAUACCACCUGACAUUGAUUUGGUGGACAAACAGAAAUGUUUGACAGAUUUUUUUAUUAUUAUUAUUUAAAUACAAUGAUCAUUUAAAAAAAUUAUAAUAAACUACUUA